AUGGCGACGGCUCCUUCCUUCUGGGCUGCUGGCGGCAGUAAGAUCAAGUCCGCCGAGUCUCCAAACCCCAAGAUUGCAGAGGCGCCGCCCAAGUCGAAACCGGACCCUCAACAGAAGAAGGGCCUGGUACUGAAGGGUAUGACUAACGGCCAGACCACCAACGGCGCAUCGAACGGUCUUUACCCAAAGGCCGCCACUGGCAAGAAGACCAACUGGGCCGACGAGGACGAUGACGAUAACACAUUCAUCGCCGAGUUCAUGAGCCAAGAUCCCAAGAUCGCCACUCUCGAGACCACUGUUGCUCUCAAAGAGGAGCGUGUCAAGGAGUUGGACGCGCUGGUCGAGACCAAGACGCUUCGCAUCGCGGAGCUGGAAGGCGCAGUCCAAGACAAGGACGCCCACAUUGGCGAUCUCGAGACGGAGAUCCAAAAGAAAGAUGUCGAAAUCGAGAAGCUCAAGAAGGUGAAUGGUGACCAGCUCGCUCACAACCAGGAGCUUCUGCGCGAGGCUGGAGAUAAAGACAGCCAGAUGAAACAUAUGAAGGCCGAGCUUGAAGAGAAGGCUUCGGCCAUCGACGACCAUGAGCAAGCAAAGAAGGCUGCCACCAUCAGCAGCCUCGAGCAAGAGUCGGCCGCACUCGUCCCCGUCCCCACAAACGACGAGGUGACCACCGAGGAUGCACCCAAGGACGGAGUCUCAGAGAGCACAAAGUCCAAUGGUACUGGUGUCGUUACCGCGACGGAGACCAAGACUAAGAAGGCCGCAUCUGUGGCUUCUGAUUCUGAUAGCUUCGAGAUCGUCGAUGCUUCUAUGACUGAGGAGGUCAAAGACGAGAACCCUGCACCCGCGGUCACUAAGCAGUCCGAGGAGACCAAAACGGCUAAGAACACCAGCGGCCCAUCGCUCGUCACAUCCGCAUUCCCCAAUUUCGUGACGAAGGAGACACUGAAGGUUGUCCCUCCGGCCCCGAAGCCCAAGACCCUGACAUUUGGCAUUGAUAUGUCCAAAUACGGGAAGAAGCCAGUCGCGUCGGCUGCUGCGAAGAUUCCACCUGUAUCGUCGCCCGUUGCCGAGCUCACCGGCCAUACCACACCCUGGGGCCACUCGUCUAGACAUGCGCGUGACAAGACCGGUGCUAUGCCUGAACUCAACCCUUCGGCUGACAUCCGUCACAUGUCACACGGACAGCGCGUAGUAUUUGGUAACGGUCCUGAGGUUAUUGUCAAGCUUGGAGAGGCGAAGCUGGCUAGUAUUCCUAAGUACGUUCUGAUGCAGUGCUCGAACAAAGCUUACAAGCACUUCACUGCCAACCCCGAUGCGACCUCUUGGGUCCUUCCCGCUGGUUCCAUGGACGCCGAUGCUGCGACGGCGCAUCUCAAGUGGAUGGACGAGAUGACGUACCAGAGCAGGGUCUACUCUGUCCGACUCCAGACUGAGACGGUGUACGAUAAGAAGAACCUCCACAUCUGCCGCGCUGCCCGCGUCCUAGGUCUCAACAAUACGUACGUGGCCCAGUUUACCAAGCAGUUCUGCGACCGCAUCCGCGCCCAGGAUGUGUCGUUCGAGUUCAUGGACCUUCUUUGCCAGUUGGCGUACCCGGAAAACGACCCGGUCUUCGACUGCAUGGUCCACAACCUUGUCAACCAGAAGAAGGUUGGCAACGCCAAGGGCGCGGCCGAUUUGGAGAAGCUGAUGGCCAAGCAUCAGUCCCUGAAGGAGAAGGUGGAGAAGAUUGAGAAGCGGAUUGGAGGUCGUCCACGCAAGACCUGGAAUUCGCCUGAGGGUAGUGCUCGUGGUGGGAGCAACGACCGCAGCGGCGGCAAGGGUGGAAACCGUGGCAAGUCAGCACCGCGCAAUCCGCCUGUUGCACCAGCGCCUGGCAACAAGCCGGUUACUCUUGCGCCGGGUGACGCAUUGUUCACCACUCUCCACUAG